UGUGUGGGAUAAAUAGGGCGGACAGAACUAGAGGGCAUUGGGAUAAGGAAGGAACUCGAAAAGUCUCACAGGCGGAACGAAAAUGGAGAAGUACUUCGGCAACGCGUACCGAGGUGACCCCGGCGUCCCACACGCCGACCCGGACCGAUUCGUUAACAUUUGGAUCGGCUCCGCUGCCUUCUCAGUUCUCACCUGGUUCGAUCCUUAUAUGUGGCAUCUCUCUACUCAAUUCAAUUGGCAUGACAAAGCAAUGCUGUUUGAGCAGUACCACUGGAAAAAGGCCAUGGAGAAGAAUCAACCUUAUAAAUUCAAGUGGAACCAGUACAUGGACAAGGACCUUCGUGAUUCGUAUUAUCAUAACUGGCCUCUUUACUUUCGUUAGGCUUUUCUGUUACAUGUGUAUUUUGCUCGGAUGCAAUAAACUUUUAGAACAAUGACUAUGUAUCCUGGAUCACCCUACCCUUCUCUUCUCCUGGAUUUGAUGACUUUUAAACUAAUAUGUUUCUUGUUUUUGGAGCUUA